AUGACCCCCUUCCGACGACAACGCUGCCUCUGCUAUGUGCUUCUUUGGCUGUCGGGUUCGUACCCGGGGGACGCACGCGCGCAGGAUUUCAGUAUACCAUCGGGCUGGCAGCGCACGUCUAAUGAUCUCAGUAGAGGUGAAAGGGAGACCAUAGCGUCCUCCGCCGCUCAAACGCUCCUGGGCCAUAUCAAUGCGACAUCAGGUACACCAUCCGGCAUUGAUGCGGUCGUUGCUGCUCAAUCGGUCUCUGUGUUGGCGUUCCAAGACAUCUACAGCGGCAACGACUCCUAUCGGCAAAAUGUCAUCAACGCGCUCGACAUCUAUGCAGCUCAAACGGUGGCCUACGGACGCCCAUACGGCGCAUCAAACAAGAAUACCUUAUACUGGGGUCUGGCCGCAUCCUAUGCCUACAAGGCGUACGCGAAUGCUUCCUCCCUCGAUCUCGCUGCCUCUAGUUGGAACUUUGUACACGCAGACCUGGUUACACCCGCGAUGGCUCAAAGUGGCAGCCUUCCUCGAGCUGCGAGCCUUCACUCGAGCUGUGCCACCGAUCUCGCUGGUGGUCUGUUCACUCAACACGCGAAUCAGAGUGACAGCACUCUCAGCGCCGAGGCAAAUGGCCUAUUCAUGUCGUUGAGUGCAUAUCUUUACAAUGCGACGCACAAUGAAACGUACCUCGAUGCGGCGGAGCUCUCCGCUGUCUUCAUUCAAACACAUCUAUACACCGAUGGAGCAGUAGUCGGUGCUUUCGACGCGUUGAACUGUACAAGCGAAGGAACUCCGCUCAGCAGACCAUGGUUCACGGGCCUGUACGUCGAGGGUCUCGCCGUAUUGGCGAGUACUACCGGGAACGAUACCUGGCAUCAAGCAUUAGAGAACUCUGUGCCUUCCGCGGUAACGCACAACACUUGGUAUCGAGCGGAUGGCGUCCUGCAGGUUGAGCCGAACCCAUCCGACUUAACAGACUCCUCGAACAUGCUGAAAUGCGUACUCUUGCGUGGGGUCUUGACCGCCUGGGCGCUCAACCUGGGCACGCCGAUGGCUUCGCUCAUAGAGACCUUCAUCACGAUUCAGUUCAAUGCGGUGACAACCCUAGCUCGUUUACCAGGAGCCAGUCAGUAUUCCUCCUCGUGGGUCGGCCCUGCGACUUCGUCUUUCGACACAUUGGGUACCAUCGCGGCUAUGGAUGUGUUGACCGCCGGGUUUGCGACGACCUCGAAUGAUACGCAGACAGCCGAUUCGGAACCACAGCCAAGUCGGCGGGUGAACAUCGCGGCGAUUGCUGGAGGCGUCGUUGGCGGCGUUGUAGGUUCCCUGGUUCUGGGUGCCUCUCUCUGGUUCUCCUGCCGGAGACGGUCACGACGCGCUUCUGUCGUGCCCGCAGUAAACCCAGUACCUGAGGAUUCGUCGCCUACUCUAAUCGAACCUUUCGUUGCUCGCCCGACGAUCCCUCCAUGGCGGCAUCACUCAAAAGAGAAAACCUACGUUGGCGACUCCUCAUCGUCACUCGCAGUGUUGCCUCCUACACGAGCGGAAAGCGACUCCCGCUCGCAAUCCCGCGCCGAGUCUCCCGCAACCCCUGACUUGGCCACUGUAGCACGACAGGUUGACCGCAUCGCUCAAUUUUUGGACACAUGGUCGCCUUCCAAUCAUAUACAGCCCACCACGGACCUUUUACCCCCUCCUACCGCACCUCCUCAAUAUACACGGACAACCACCUCACGCUCUUGA